AUGUCUUCUCCCGGCGCCUCCAAGAGGAAGACCAAGAAGAAGCACUUUGUGCAGCAGAAGGUGGAGGUGUUCCGAGCCGGGGAGCCUGUGCUGAGCGCUCUGAUGUGGGGAGUCAACCACUCGAUCAACGAGCUGAGUCAGGUGCCUGUGCCUGUCAUGCUGCUCCCUGACAACUUCAAGGCCAGCGCCAAAAUAAAAGUCAGCAACCACCUCUUCAACAAAGAGAAUCUACCCGGGCAGUUCAAAUUCAAAGAGUACUGUCCACAGGUGUUCAGAAACCUGCGAGAGCAUUUUGGCAUUGAGGACCAAGAUUACCGGGUGUCUCUGGCCCACAGUCCCCCCCUCAAAGAAGAGGAGGGGCACAGCGUGGGCAGGCUGCUGACGUCGUGUGACCGCACCUUGGUGGUUAAAGAGAUCUCCAGUGAGGUGGUGGAGGAAAUGCACAACAUCCUCUCAGAGUAUCACCAGCACAUCGUCACCUGCCACGGGAGUACCCUGCUCCCUCAGUUCCUGGCCAUGUACAGAGUCACAGUGGAGAGCGAGGACACCUACCUGUUAGUCAUGAGGAACGUUUUCAGCCACAGACUGCAUGUGCACAGGAAGUACGACCUCAAGGGGUCACUGGUGUCUCGUGAGGCAAGUUUUAAAGAAAAGGUGAAAGAGCUGCCCACCUAUAAGGAUGUGGACUUCAGGAAUAAAAUGCAAAAAGUGUAUGUGGGUGAAGAGGAGAAAGAGAAGAUCAUGGACAAACUCAACAGAGACACUGAGUUUCUGGUGCGUAUGAGGAUGAUGGACUACAGCCUGCUGCUGGGCAUCCAUGAUGUAGAGCGGGCUGAGAGGGAGGAGGACGAUGAGGAGGAGGAGGAUGAGGAAACAGGGCUUCCCUAUGAAGAGGAAGAGGAGGAUGAAAACGGCCAGGGCAUCGCUGGGUACAUGAACUCCUUCAAACCCAUGGGGGCUGGGGAGUUUGACCCGUAUGUGGAUGUGUAUGCUAUUCAGAGCGCCGUAGGUGCACCCCAGAGAGAGGUGUAUUUUAUGGGCCUGAUUGACGUGCUGACAGAGUACGACACCAGGAAGAAAGCCGCUCAUGCUGCCAAGGCUGUCAAACACGGGGCGGGAGCAGAAAUCUCCACGGUUCAUCCAGAGCAGUACGCCAAACGUUUCCGAGAGUUCAUCACCAAGAUCUUUGCCUAGUUCAAAGUGCACUCCUCGUUUAAUAAGACGUCCCAUCAUACAAUAAGGGCACAGAGUCAAGUCAACAUCAAGCAGCAAUGAAAAUCCACCAUUAAAUGAUGUAUGUACUCUUCUAUUCACCCUCCGAGUUAUUCUGCACGGCGUUGACUUUGUUGACGCAGCGUUCGAGUGAAGAAGUGGACUGUGCAGACUGGAAGGAAAGUGUUGCUGUUGUUUGUGGGCUUCUUUUGUUUCACUUUAACAGAUUUGCGAAAAACAAACCAUUGAUGGUGUGAAGUUACACCUCUAACAUAAGUGUCUUCUUCAGUGGCCACUGGGGGAGGAGGUGAGGAGAAAAACAUGUUCUCUUGGCAUGUUUGGCCCUAAACCAUCCAUUUUGAUUUAAAAUAUGGAUCUGUGACUCCCACUUUACCAUCGAUAACAACCCUCAGCAUAAAGAAAUAAUUUGAGCCUUCUGGGCAAUUCUACAUGGUCUUAAGGAAUAAGAAUGGCACUCGGUAGAGUUGAUACCUCCAAGGCCAGACAGUCCUCUCACACAACUACAUUUAUAUUCAAUAGAUCCAGAAUUAUAUUUAGAUUUGCACCAAAUUGCACAAACUCAUAAAUAUCAGUUCCCUACAUAUGCCUGUUUCCUUCUAUCAACAUCUAUAAAUUAUUCUUUGAGAAAUGAAUGAAAAUGUUGAAAAUC